UAGGAUUAUUACCCCAGAAACCAAAAUUGUGUCAAGAGAAGUACCGGCAGAUACUACCACCAGUCACCACCUUCAUCCACAAGUCUUCAUCCCUCUCAUCUGUACAUGUACACCGCAGUGUUCUUUCCCCCCCCGGAUUUUUCUGAUCCAAGUAUCCAAAUAUCACACCUACCUAGGUAGUGAGUGACCUACUUAUUAUUACUAGGUACCUACCUUACCUACCUAGGUAAUCUCACCCUAACAAUCUUGGUCCCCUGGUCAAAACAACACCAAAGCACGCAAUAAAUCAAAAAUUGACCUCAACUUCGCCCACCAACCCGGCUCGCUACUCAGCGACCCUCUAUUUUAAUCUGACGGCUGAUUGCGCAAGCAACAGAAGUCAAGACAAGAGACAACUCAGCAAAACCAAACAGAGGAAAAGAAAAAAGUAUAAUUGAUGGUUUGAUGGUUUGAUGGUUUGACUGAAAAAGAAACUAUUCAUGAUUAUCGAACCUUACUUCAACAUAUUGCGCGUUCGAGACAUUCAUUGCAUUAUCUUACUCGCCCUGGUCUUAACACCAAUCCAUUUCGCAAUACCACUGGACCUCUCCACCAUUCCUUAAUAUUUCACCAUAACAUGGUCACUAUGGCGUCAAAUCAUGACGAAUCUUCAGCAUUGCGCCAUAACGUCGAAUUGGAUCUGGAGCGGUCAAGAAGGAAUACUUCAACAGGAGACAUUCAAGAAUUAUGUUUGGCAACAAAAGCACAAUCGAAUCGCGAAAAUCUUGAUACCGACAUAGUUGAAUCCAUUGAACCUCUUUCAAUGGAAGACAAUUGCAGAGCCGAUCACGAUCAUUCAGAUCCUACAAUCACCAUCUCGUCGACAAGUAAAUUGGCUGGCAAAACCGUUGCGCCUUUCCUGGCGAAACACAUCCCAGAACAAUACGCUCCUUUUGGCCCCCCACAAACUACAUCAAUCUCACGAAAGGAUCCAAAUACCAAAUACUGUUAUCGACAUCGACCGGAUUCGAAAUGUCGAAGAACUGCAGAUGAACCUACAAUGGAGAAUCUACAAAGAGAGCUUGAGACCUUGUCGCAAUCAGAUCAACAAGGUAUCUCUCAUGUUUGGACACUCUUCUCCGCUGCGCCAUCGAAACAUCGAAACCUCAUGCUUCAAGGCAUCCUAUCACAAUGCUGCUUUCCACAAUUAUCCUACCUCUCCUCCGCUGUCAAGAAUCUCAUUCGCAUUGAUUUCAUUACAGCUUUACCUUCUGAAAUCUCCUUCAAAAUUCUCUGUUACCUCGAUACAACUUCUCUAUGCAAAGCUGCUCAAGUCAGUAGACAAUGGCGAAUAAUGGCGGAUGAUGAUGUGGUUUGGCACAAAAUGUGUGAACAACAUAUUGAUAGAAAAUGUACAAAGUGUGGAUGGGGCUUACCGUUGUUGGAACGAAAACGAUUGAGGGAUUGGAAAAGACAACAGCAAUUGAGAGCUACAGGAUUAGGUCUCAAUGGCCAAUCACCUCAAAUCACAGCCAUGUCAGAUACUUUGCGCAAUACGGAAACACGUGUUGUGACAUUGAAUGCUUCAGGGAAGAGAAGUGCCACUGUGUCGGAGUCCUCAGAAGAAAGUUCAAAGCGACGACGUACCAAUCCAGAGGAAUCAUGUCUUGGAAGACCAAGAUUUAGGCCAUGGAAGGACGUAUACAAGGAUCGAUUCAAGGUUGGAACCAAUUGGAAAUAUGGUCGAUGCUCGUUAAAGAUAUUCCGAGGUCAUUCGAAUGGUGUUACUUGCUUACAAUUCGAUGACAAUAUCCUCGCUACCGGAUCUUAUGAUACGACCAUCAAGAUUUGGGAUAUUGAAACGGGAGAGUGUUUACGAACUUUGCGUGGUCAUACAUCUGGAAUUCGAACAUUACAAUUUGAUGAUACCAAGUUGAUCAGUGGAAGUCUUGACAGAAGUAUUCGAGUUUGGAAUUGGCGUACUGGAGAAUGUAUGUCUUCUUAUCCUGGUCAUACUGAUGGAGUUGUGGGUCUUCACUUUGAAGGAAAUCUUCUUGCCUCAGGCUCUAUUGACCGAACAGACUGGGUUAAUGCCGUCAAAGUUGAUUCGGCUUCCAGAACGUUAUUUUCUGCUUCUGAUGAUUGUACUAUUCGACUUUGGGAUCUGGACACUCGACGUACAAUCAAGACUUUUGAAGGUCAUGUGGGUCCAGUUCAACAAGUCACCAUUCUACCACCCGAGUAUGAAUUUGAUGAUGUGGAUGUUGAAGAAGCAGAUGAUGGCACAUCAAGUACAGCAUCAUCAACUGAACUCAACCGACCAAUAGGAGAAAGUUGUUCUUCCUCCCAAGGAUCCUCUCUCUUCGAUUCUUGGCCAGCAGGUCGUCCUCGUCCUCCUCGCUACAUCCUAACCGGUGCUUUGGACAAUAAUCUUCGUCUUUGGGAUGUAUCAACAGGUCGCUGUCUUAAAACACUCUUUGGCCAUGUAGAAGGUGUAUGGGCACUUGCAGGUGAUACAUUGAGAGUUGUGAGUGGAGCCCAAGAUAUGAUGACUAAAGUUUGGGAUGCGAGGACGGGGAAAUGCGAUAGGACAUUUACGGGUCAUAGAGGCCCAGUUACAUGUAUUGGAUUAAGUGAUAGUAGGAUGUGUACAGGAAGUGAGGAUUGUGAAGUUAGACUUUAUAGUUUCAAGGGGGAAGUAGAGGGGCAGGAAAAUGGGAGUGAGGGUACGGGAUUUAUUGAGGAGGGGACGACACCUUGA